GGUGUCCCUGGCCUAGAAGAUGGCAAAGGUGAUAAAAAUUACAUUGAGAGGGCAUGGAGUUACCUCACCAUCAAAGAAUUGCUUAACUCCUGGUUGAAGAGUGAUAACAGUCAGGAAAAAGACUAUUUGAUGGAGAAAGCAAAGUCAAUGGCCCUGAAUUACAAUUUUGUUACUCCCUUCACCGUUCUGAAGAUGAGAGAGGCUGGGCUCCAUUCAGAACCACCUCAAGAGGAGUUUAUCAGCCCUUCUACUGAUGGCAUCGGUGAAAAGUUGCAGAGCUUGCAGGGACACAAGGCACCACCAGGUAUACGCAGACAGCAAGAUAAACAAAGAAUUAAAAUCUCCAAAACUUCAGCGGAUGGAGACCCUCACUUUGUCAUUGAUUUUCCCUCCAGCAAGUUCUCUGUCUGCUUCAAUAUCGAUGGAGAACCAGGGGACAUUCUCCGACUGGUCUCUGAUCAUAAGGAAUCUGGUGUAACUGUGAACGGGCAAUUAAUUGGAGCUCCUGCACCACCCAACGGCCACAAGAAGCAUCGGACUUACUUCAGCACCAUCACUAUCCUCAGUAAUAAACCAGAGAGGUCUUACCUAGAGAUUACACCCAAAAGAAUCAUCCUGGAUGAUGGGGAAAGACUGCUUCUGUCCUGCGAUCGGAGUGCCGUUGUGCGGAGCAGCAGCCUCGAGGUGUCCAUCUCUGCCAAUUCCAACAUCACUGUGACGAUACGGGACACAAUCAGCUUUGUCAUCCUCAUCCACCAUUACAAGAAGCCAGCCCCAUAUCAGAGGGAUCACCUGGGGUUCUACAUUUCCAACAGUAAAGGCCUCUCUUCUGACUCCCAUGGGCUACUGGGUCAGUUUUUAAGCCAUGAAGUUAUACUGCUUCAGGAAUCUUUAAACACAAGUUAUCACCAGGUUGGUCAGAACCAAACUGAAACAUUAAAGCCUACAAGUACCCUGAAAGUGAAGGGACGGCUCGUUCCUGUUGUAUGGAAGCAGAGGAGGAUCUACAAUGGCCAGCAGGAAGUUGAAUGUUGGUUUGCCAAAAACAAUGCAGACAAACUGAUCGAUGGGAGCUAUAAAGACUAUUUGGCUUCUCAUCCUUUUGACACAGGGACCAGCUUUGGGACGAUUAACAGCCUUUAAGACCGACCAUAGCGAUGCAUUGCAGCAGCAUGUGUGACAGCGGUUCCCUUCUGAAGCCUUUAGAGCUAGGCAACUUAUGAAUAUUUCUUUACUUUUUGGUGCCAAAGAAACCAAGGCUUUUUGCCCUUGGAAAUCAGCUGUCUCUCUUUCAUGCUAGAUGAACAGUGUUCUUCAAAUUCCUGA